AUGCACCUCAACACCGUCGCAACAACGAUCAUCAUCCUCGCUGCCUCGACCGCAGCCCAGAACAUCUGCACACCUGGCUCCGUCGGCGUUGGCAUCGCCCCCAGUACAGCAACUGACACGUACUCGCUGAUCGUCAACAGCACCUGCGGGGUUAUCGACUUGCGUCUCGGACAAGGCGAGCUCUGCGGAACCUACGACCAGGGGUCGGAAGUGGACUGUGUGGAGGAGACCGAGAGUGCGGUUGUGAGUGUUGUUACGUCGGAUGAGGUGUAUACGAACUGUGUGGCCGUGAGGGAGAUUUGCUAUGUGCAGCCUGGGUUUGGGAUUCAGUGGUGUUGCAGCGUUUAG